AUGGUCUUCACCAAAAACACAUUAAUCUUGGCACUUGUCUGCUUUAUCCUUAUACAAGAGUUGGAAAUCUAUAGUGGAAAUCAGCACAUGGUUGCUGCUGGACAGAUAGAUUGUAAUGAUAAGUGCAAUUAUAGGUGCAGCAAAGCUUCAAGGCAAAAGAUAUGUUUGAGAGCAUGCAAUGAUUGUUGUAGAAUAUGCAAUUGUGUUCCACCAGGCACAGCUGGAAAUAGAGAUUUGUGUCCUUGCUAUGCAUCCAUCACUACACAUGAUGAAAAGCUCAAGUGUCCAUAG